UGAUCCACGAUGUUGACGCUUAAGUAUCUCUACAUUCGGCCAUAUUUCGAAACUCCCCAGGAAGCAGCCGACUGGGAUAAGCUUCAGAAAACGAUAGCGACUGUGAAGCAAUUCCACGACGACUUCGACCAAAUCGUCCUCCACAAGGAUCUUUUUCGUACGUUUUACUACUACUACUUGCAGGAGAUAAGACUCCGGAUCAUAAAAAUACUGAUGAACUCUACCACGAUUGAAUGGUCCGAACCGAAACCGGAAACCGUCGCCGUGGAUCAGUUUGGCUUUCCCCUGCCGGAAACGGCCAAGCAAAAGAGUAAGAAGAAAAAGGACCAACAGCCGGAGGACAUACCCGAGUACACCGUCCGGGUGAAGGGAUACAAGGAAAAGUUCCCGUUGAUUUGUUGUGACGAUCAGUUUCGAACCCUGGCUGCCCUUAGGCUGCACUACUAUGCUGUACACGAAAAGAAUUACCUUCUAGCGGCCAACACGUGUGAGAUGAAGGCUGCGUUGCUGCGGAUGCUAGUUUUUCGACGUGCCCUUGAUGACUUCCUUCAAUCAGGUUUACAAGCAAACAAUGGGCUGUGCUUUCAUCUGACAAAAGUUCUCCGUAGAAUCAUAUCCAUUAUUCGGUACUAA